GUGUAAGCCGCAAAGAUGGCGGAAAAAAUUACAGACGAGGAACUCGUAGAAGAAUUGAAAGGCUAUGGUGAGGUGGUAAAAGUGCCGAUCGACAAGAAAAAACGACCAAUACUGAUAAAAAAGUUAAAUCAUUUCAGGGCUCGAGACAGACCUGCCAAUCAGGGAAAGAAAACGACGCCGUCUCGAUCCAGACAGACAAAAAAUGUCGAAUUCAGCUCUGCUGAAGAAAGCGAAGAUGAGACAGUUGUUCCAGUCAAACGCAUGGCUGGAAGACAAGGUCCACCGAAAGAAACUGUGUCGUCCUACUCUAAAACAGACACAAUAGAAAUAUCCCCGCCGCGGACUCGAGCUGGAAGACGCAGCACGAGGCGGAGUGGGGUGGGGGGUGAAACAGUGACCCCGGCCCCGAGUGUGCCAUUGAAAUCAUUAUAUCCUGACCUGUCUCGAGAAGUGGGCGGGGCUGCCGUUAUAAACUCCUCAGUUAAUUACUCGUAUGAAUAUCAGAAUGAAUUCACAGACUCUGAUCCCGAUGAAAGUAUGUACGAAGUCGAAAACAAAUCUAUGAACACAACUUUUCAGUUACAAGACAGUUUUGUUGAUAAUUACAAGUCACCGUUAGGUCAUUCUGUUAAACAGCGCAGGUCAGCGGGGAGGGGGAAUUCCAGGAAGGCAGAAAACGACACCACAUGGUCCGAGUAUUCUCGUGGAAAAUUGAACAAUAUCACGGACAAUAGAGUAGAAGAUGAACACGAUAAUCAUGUAGAUCACUCAUACGAGCCCAGAGCUUCAUUCAUUUCUACCAGCAUUCUGUGUUUAGUUGUUUGUUUCUUUUUAAUUGUUGGAGCAACAUACAUUUACCUUCGUCAAGACAUAGGCAGCACACAUUUUGGACAGAGAGGUGAUGAUGAUGUGGUAUAUCCCAAGGGAAAAAAUCAAACAGAGUAUAAAGGGGCUCAGCAGAUUGUGGUGAAAAUCGAGGAAUAUCUACGUAACAAAGCAAAUGGAGAAAUGAUAAAAUGGGAAGAAUUGAGAAAAACAGUGACAGAAAGUGAAGUGGAAAUGAGGAAGGCGAAAGAGCUGAUCCUAUUUAAUCCUAAAUGGGGCAUCAGAGCAUAUGAUGCAAAUAAAAAACUUGUUGAGGCCGAUACAGGAAAAACGCUGACUGAGGACCAAAUAUCCUACCUCCAGACUGAUCCAGACCAGGGUCUGAUCACAAGGGUCUGGAGAUCCAUGGAAAAAAUCCUCUUUGGACUCAUCCUCCUUCUUAUUUGUGUAGGAGUGGUGAUAGUUGGGUUCUUCAGCUGGCGCUACCACAGAGGUCAAGUGGAACGGGAACAGAAGUGUGUGUUUGAGCUGGUGGAGAAAAUCAUAGAUUUAGUGAAGGAUAAUUAUGAACUACACCAGGAGAACAACAGACAUCCAGAAUUUAUUGCUGUUUCCCAUGUCCGAGAUCAGCUGUUACCACCAAAACAAAGACAGAAGCUGAGGCCCCGCUGGGAAAAAGCCGUGAAGUUUAUCGAGGCGAACGAGUCAAGAAUCCGAAUCGAGAACCAGACAGUCCAGGGGGAGGAUUUCUUAGUCUGGAGGUGGCUCCCGGCUUGCUCCAAUGGAGGAAAAUACUGGCAGGGUCAAGCAUUUGGUGAGAACAACGCAUCGUCAGGUGGUGGAGGGGCCCUGCCCUAUAGUCCUACCCCGUGUCUGAAAAUCAGAAACAUGUUUGAUGCAGAAAUGGAAACAGACGAGGAUUGGGAAGUGAAUGUUCAGGACGCCAUAUUGGAAAAGUGCAAAGGAAUUAUGGGAAUUCUCCAUAUCUAUGUGGACUCCAACUCGAAGGAGGGGUGUGUGUACAUUAAAUGUAACAGCUGUGAGACGGCCUACAGUGUGUACAAAUCUCUUCAUGGCUGGUGGUUUGAUGGUCGCUUGGUUACGGUGAAGUAUUUACGACUUGAACUCUAUCACAGUAAGUUCCCCGACUCCAGGCGAGCCCAGAAAUCCCUCCACCCCUCCAAUAGUAAGAUGGCCUCCCUGGCUCAGCCAUACCAUCGAUCUACACUGGAGAUGACGUAAUGUGUAACUGUGUCCAGAUUUCUGUGUCGACAUUUGAUGACGUAAUGCCUAACUAUGAUUGUGUAACAGAUUUUUAUGUCGACAUUUUAUGAAGUAAUGCGUAAAUGUGUCCAGAUUUCCAUGUCGACAUAUGAUGACGUAGUGUGUAACUACGAUUGUGUAACAGAUUUUUAUUUCAACAUUUAAUGAAGUAAUGCAUAAAUGUUUCCAGCAAAUUUUUAUGUUGACAUUUGAUGAUAAUGCGUAAAUAUCAUUGUGUAACAGAUUUCUGAGUCAACAUAUGAUCACGUAAUGGGUAACCUUGAUUGUAUAACAGAUUUCCAUGUCGACAUAUUAUGAUGUAAUGCGCAAAUAUGUCUAGGUUUCCAUGUUGACAUCUGAGUGCCUUGUAGUCAUGUAUAACACUGAUUUUUCUGUUGUGUAAGAGUGGGUCUGUCAUUACACCUAUCAGUACUCUCGGUACUUUGAUUUUGUUUGUACAUAACUCUUUUAACAGAGCUACUAAGGUAAUGUGUGAGAAAUAUAUAGGGCAUAAAAUUUCAGGACAAGAGUUUGAUGGUAUGUUUUUAAUUAUCAGUGAUUUUCAGUAUGAGUGACAUCUCUUUGUAUGGACUUUUAUUCAUCGUAUUAAAGAGUUUGAAAGGAAUUUGAUAAAAACAUUAUUUUCGACUGAUGUAACAAAAGAUCAUGUGAUUUUAAGUGAAACAUUCUAAGUACUGCAUAUAACACAUGUAUAAAGUAUACAGUAUAUAUACAUUCAUUUUUUUUCUCUGCCAGUAUUUUUUCACAAGAUCUGUAAGCUUUUUUUUUUUGGUACAAAAAAGAAUUUCUACAUUACAAUCCAAGAUGUCAUAUGUGCAUAUUUUAAGGGUAAAUGUUUUCAACAUAAACCUUCAAAGCAUCUUCUUCUUUUUUUGAUAUUACAUUCAAGAGCAUUACCAAAGAAUUAGGCAAAAAAAAAUUAAUUUCUUGAUUCUCAGGCCCUCCCUCAUCUCUUCCAAGGGUGCCUCAUUGACCCUCUUUAAUUGCUAAAUCAAUAAAAUAAAAGCAACAAAUCACCCCCUCAUCAUUUUUUGAGGUUUUGUAUAAUGUAAAAAGCUGUCUCAUCGUGUUUUGGAGGCUAUAAAUUUUUUUUAAAAAAUGCCUCCCCCCCUCAUCAUAUUUCUUGAAAAAAAGGCCCGAGAACCAAGGAAUUAACUUUGCUUGGCCUUACUGAAAUUUUUUUAUUUUGAAAGAAGUGCUUAAAUUCAGAAAUAACAUCAUGUGUAGCAAUUUUUCUGUGAAGUUUAUUAAGUUGAUAUGGCAAGUCACAUGUAAAAAUAACAGCAAUUCUUCUGUUGUUCGUAAGUUAAUGUUUGACUGUAGAAACCACAGCAAGCAUGGAUAUUGCUUGU